GAGCAGAUAGAGAUAUUCGCCACGUCACUCUGAGGGGGCGCUGAUCCUGAAAGCACUUAGCAGAAUCUGGGACAGCACAGCAGCCACGUGAUGGAUAUAGUGAAGAAACUUUGGUAGACUCCAAGAGUAAGCAGCAACCCUGCGUAUAUACCCACACCUUUGAGGUCAUACUUGUGCAGUAGUACUGCUUUUGGGGGAUCCUAAAUAUCGCAGGAGUCUCAUGUGAGCGUGUGCGUCCGUCCGUCCGCCAAAAACCCACCCAAAUCCGAAAAUCGCCAACACAGCCAUGCCUUCCACUUCGUUCUUGGGCAAGUUCGACUUUGAGAGAUCGUGCGCCGAACUGCCCAGUGUCUUUUGCAAUAGCUGCGGGCGCAUCCUGUCCGAGACAGGUGGUUCCAAACAUGUUUGCAAGACAACACCCAAGCAGAUCCACGGGUAUCCAAUGUGUUACCUGCCUCAUACCAUAAUCACAUCCGACCUUGGGUCUCCAAAAGCCAACUUCCAACUCCAAUUCAAUCGGUUUCUGUCAGAGGACUCGGAACUCGCUGUGUUCUCGCUCGGACAGGAGGCUCCCGUGUCGGAAAAAUGGCAGGAAGAGCAACGCGCUGGAUACUUCUCCCGAAUCUUUUCCAACCCAUCCUCUCAGUGCAAUGCCAUGGCCAGUGUGGGGUCAUAUUGGCCAUUUGGACUCUCGAAUCGGGUGAUUCGGUACUGGAAUGUUGAUGACGGAGUCAUCCUGGUCGACUGGGGCAAGAUGUACACCGACUAUUUCACGCAGGCCAAAAGCUGCAAGAACAAGAGAAGGAUUGAGCGCAUCGUUCGACGUUUUCGAGAGUUGGAAGCAGAAAGAUUGCGGCAGGACACUCAGGGACGCUGGGUGCUGUAUGGCGACAGGGACAUUUUCCCGGCAACUCAUGCAGAGAUCGCCAUGGCUUGCAGGUACGAGGGGCCCAGGAGCGACUUUGAACAUCGCUUCGACCCAAAGAAGGAGCGCAUGAGCCCCCACGAAUUGGCCUUGCGGGUGGGAGACUCGAUAUGCUCUGCGGGUGAAGCCAUCAGGGGACGUGACGGAAAAGCCAAGGUGUACGAAGAAGAAGCCGAGAAGACAGAGUAUCCGAAAGGAUAUGCGUCAAUGUGGAACAGAUCGAGCUACCUCAAGUUGUCGUAG